CAAAAUUUAAUUAAAACAAAAAUGAAGAAAUUACGUCUCAUACGUAAUUUCCGCUGUAACUUUAACGCAUUUUCCCAAGGUUCUUUGCGAUCAGAAAAACAAACAUGGCGGCGUUCCUGUGUAGUAGGGCGAGUUAAUUGAUCAACAGAUGAACUAAAUUAGAAACAACUUGCUCCUCCAUCUGCAAAAUAACCACCAUUGUGGAUUCAUCGUAUAUUUUUUACACAAGAACGGUAGAUAAACGAUAAAAUGCCUUCUCCCAAAGCAAAAAACCCCGCUCGCGGCGGAGGAAGCCCGGUGCACGGCACCUCCUUUGAGUUCAUGUCGCUGACGAAACCGCUGAACCGGUCCUCCCCGCUCCACCUCCCGCGGCAGGGCUCUGACCCGACCACCGCACGCCUCCGAGCGUCGGAAAGUCCCACUCGGCGCCGUGGCUCCAACUCCUCCACGGCCUCCGGGAGCGGCAUGGGGGCACCUGAGGAGGACGGCAUACGGCUCAACCCUUCCCUCAUCCGCGUCGCGCUCAGCUCCCUGCUCGCCAUCGACCUGUGGAUGUCCAAGAGUUUGGGGGUGUGCGCCUGGGAGGACUCGUCCUGGGGGAGUGUGCGACCCCUCAUGAAACUGAUUGAGGUCUCGGGACACGGCAUUCCAUGGCUGGCGGGAACCGUAUACUGUCUGUACAAGAGUGACAGUGCUGCAGGACAAGAAGUCAUGCUAAACCUUCUCAUAGGACUCCUGCUGGACCUCAUCCUGGUCGGCAUCGUUAAGGCCGUGGUGCGCCGACGCCGCCCGGCCCAUAACCGAAUGGACAUGUUUGCCACCUACUCCGUGGACCGUUUCUCCUUCCCCUCUGGCCACGCAACGCGCGCCGCCAUGUGCGGCCGCUUCCUGCUGGUCCACCUUGUGCUGGCGGCGCCGCUGAGGGUCCUCGUCCUUGUCUGGGUGCUGCUGGUGGGGAUGAGCCGUGUGCUGCUGGGCCGCCACCACGUCACCGACGUGCUGUUUGGCUUCUGGAUGGGCUAUUUCCAGUACAACAUAGUGGAGAUGCUGUGGUUGUCGACUCAAACUCUACAAGAGCUGCUGGGACAAACCGUUUUAAACUGAGCACUGCAGAAAGAGCUUCACUUCCACCACCUUUCUCUUCUUUACAUUCAGACAUUCUUCUUAAACACAGUUUACUUCUUUCUCACUUGAACGGCAUCAUCUUUUUUGCAUACAAAAAUAUCACAAUCUGAGAUUUCUAAGCAAAUUGCAGCAGUUAGAUAAUCAGUUCUUCUCUCAUUUUGAUUCAAUAAAAAUUUGAGCUGAAUUUUAAUCAAAUAAAAUCCUUUUAGACCUUGUUUCCAACCCUUCUACAACUGCAGCUGCUCCAUUCUGAUCCAGUGGCGCAAAACAAAGUUUAUUUUAGUCUUUAAAGACCCAUUAAGAAAAAAGUGUUUUUAACAUGAUGCUUUGUCAUUUUAUAUGAUGAUGGAGAGCAUAUAUGAGAACAAUUUCACAUAAAAUAGCAUUUCUGAAUAUUUAUUUAUUCAAAUUGUGGUGAAUCAGGAACAGAAGGAAAAAUGCACUUUGAAAGCUUGUUUGUGUUGUAGAAAAUGUGCUGGGAGGGUCUCUAUCUCCCUGCUCCACAAUAGUGAGGGGAAGGGGGGGUGGGGUUGCUCCAUGCCAAGAGUUCAGAAGUGAAUAUGGAAUUAACUCUUGCAGCUCUACCGAAACUAUGUCCUAGAAAAAAGCGAUUUAAAUGCAGCUGCAUUUAAAUCGUGCUGCCUGUCACUUUAAAUGAAGUAUCAGGAGGAAAGCCUAGAAGUGAUGCAGAAACCAUCAGGAGUGCUUGGAUGCCAUUGUAUGUAAAUCAAAGCUUAUCUCAUUCAGAAUCCAGAUUUACAGUUUUUACUGUCCAUCCUUUUUUGCUUAUUAUCAAACUAUAAGUGGUUAUAAAUCACCUCAGAUAAAUUCCAUAAACUAAAAUGAUUUAUUUUUUUUUCUCUGAAAAGUUUCAACCCAAAAUGUUCUUAAAUAUUGAGGACAGACAUCGCAGUAUGUGGAUAUGUUUUUUAGAAACAACAUUAAAUCUAAAUUCCUGAGUGGAAUCUCAAAUGUAGGUUGUCACUUUCUGUAAAAUACAUUUACUUUGCAUCUUUAAUAUUACAGUAAGUGCUCUGCUGAAGCUUUUAGAUGUUUGCAUGCUGACCGUUUGCAGGCAGAAACUACAAGUUUUUUUGGCACUGUGUUGUAAAUGUGCACAACAGCUGUUAUUUACAACACUCCACUGAAGACUUUACAACUCGGGUAAAACUAGCAACAGUGCAGGAACAUCAGACGGUCUCAGAUCAGACUCAAAGCGCAUGCAGUCUUGUGUAACGUCUUUACGUCUUCCUCAGCAGUUCUUAUCCUUGAGGACUGUGCGCUACACAGAAAUGUCUGCAUUUUUUUAUACAUGAAUUUAUUCUUUUUUUCUGGCCAGUAUGGAACUUAUUUCUAUUUUUUGGGGGCAAAAACAUAAAAUAAUAGAAAAAAAAUCAACAAAGGGAGCCAUGAAACCUUGAGACUAGCUGAUUUCAUGAUAGAUAACCAUAAAAAAUGACACCAGGAGCCACAGAUGUGCUGCUUUAGCCUUUCAUAAAGCAAGAUAGAUGUAUUUUGCAUGGAUAAAUGUUUUUCUCUGUUAAAAAAAAAUCUGAUUCCAAAAAAAGAGAAAACAGAAAAUAACAGUUUCAACACUAUUCUCAUCAGUUUUCUUAUUUGUGUAUAAUAGAAUAGAGUUUACACUGUAUAGAAAAGGUGAAAUUCUUAAAAAAAACUAUUGCAAUAGAGCUGAUGGUGCCAGUGUGACUGCUCGCUUCUAAAAGUCCGUCAGUCAAUCUGAGUCACGACAUCUGAUCGGAAUCUUACGUCAUUCCAGAACAAUCAUUCCCGAGGAACCUGUAGAUAUUUCUUAUGUUUACACUUAUUAUCAAAAAUGGACGCAGCUUCAGCCUUAAGAGGUGCAUUUUACACAUUAGUGUCACAUUGUGCAGGAAGAAAUGCUUCGCUGACACUGUGUUCAAGUGAAUGUAAUGGUUCCUCACUCACAGCCUAUGAGUUCACUGAUUUCACUGUGCAAUAGUCUGACAUGCUGCCAAAAGGGUCACGUUGUUUUGUUCUGGAACAAAAGUCGACCUGCAAGCUGGUUAUUUAAGAAAAAGAGGCAUUUUUGGAUGUGCAUGUAAAUUGGAAUUAUUGGUUGAAGUCAUUCCAGCUGCUGCCCAUAGUGCAUUUUGUAAGAUUUUAUGUAGAGAAAAACUUAAUUUAUAGUGACGAUAAAACACAAUUUUAAUUGAAGUUUUAAGGACAGCUUAAAGCAUAUUUUUAUGAUUCAGCGUCGUGCAUAGGCAGAAUCUUACCUGCAUUGUCAGCUUGAGCAUUUGUCAGUUUACUUAUUUUUAAUUUUUCCACUUGCUUUGACCAAAAGAAUGUUUAGCAUGAAUGUUUUUGUUUCACCUGCUUUGCUUUCAUCAAGAUUCACAUUUGUUUGGUGUGAAUUGAUUGAAUCAGAGUCACAAAUGUGGAGUAAACGGAUGUAAUCUCUGAUUGUUUAAUCAUUCUGGGUCCUCUUUCUGCAAUAAUUCACUGCAGCUCUUCCCACUUUAUGAGAAGUUUUUCACUUCACAUUUUUUUGUUAAUGAAAAAUAAAUAAAUAAACAACAAUAGGAUGGAAGAUAGAGUUUAUGAACAUAUUUGUUAUGAAAUUUGAUUUUGAUUGUCGUUAUUUUUUUUAAUAAAAGCUUCAAAAAUCAAAUGAAAUAGUUAAAGUAUUAAAGUGGAUCUUUGUGUGUUUUUGCACAUCAUAUGUAAGAAAGUUGUUGACCUCAUUCUGUUUUGCACUUCAGACCAGCAUCAAACUACACUGAAUAAUAUGCCUGCUAUGUGUGAUAGAUAUUACUGUUUAUUGUGGCGGUAUCAUUGUUGGAAAUUCUCACAUCUAGAGAAUCUAUUUACAUGGUGAUGUGACUUCUGUGCCGUAUAGAUGGGUUUAAAGCUGCUGUCAGAUGUUAUCUGAUUUCAAUUGUGGUCUUUUCUUAUUAAAAUGGGAAUAAACCCGACUUCUUUCA